AUGCCACCACCUCACCUCCACCCGAGGUCGCGUAUGACUUCCUCCCUCUUCGCAGCAACUGUUGUGGCCAGCUUCCUUGUUGUCGGCGUCCCUCACAUCCUGCCGUGUCCCGCCCCCAGGGUCGCUUUCGCCGAUGGAGAUAUGUCUGCCGACGGACAGCCCAAGAGACGCAGACGCAGACGCGUGGAAAACACCGAAGGCAAAGACGAAAUCCUGCAGUUCGAGACAGAGCUUGGGUCUGGCGACGUAGGCAGGGCACGAGCUCUGAAGAGAGAGUGCCCAGUGCCCAAGCCCGGGGGUAUGCUCGGCAGCAUGCUCGGCUUCCACAAAGACAACGAUAUCAACGACCCUUCGUCUCCGUCCAACAGGUGAUGACCACGCCGUACACAAUGCUGGAUCUCCGGGGGAAUGGGAUCGCAAUGACCCCAUAACAACGCUCUGUAACUAGACGACGUUCGUGAUCAAUAUUGUACAUACGAGCUGCUCGAUCCACGGAUAUGGGCCAUAUGUCGAACGGAGUCAUCAUGGUAUUGGCC